AAUGCUAAGUGGCUUAUUAUAUAGUCCUAAUUGGACAUUCGUAGACAAAAUCUUGAGAGACCCUUAAUUGGUAGAUCUCGAAUACUUUGUUGGAGGUGGUCCAGGACAUGAUUGGCUUGCAAAAGUAGUCAGAGUAGAACAAUAAAAGUAAUGCCCAUUUAAAUUUAUAUUUAUUUAGAUAUUUAGGUCCAAGAGCUAAAUUUGAGAGAUAAUUUAAUGAAGACCCCAAAACUUGGGAAGUUUUCUCAGAUAAUUUCUAUCGUCUUACUGUCCUUGCUGGAGUAGAAAGAUUACUCACUCUUAGGUAAGCAUAUGGAGGCUUAAAGACCAGAUUUACCUUUGGAGAUUCCAACACGUACUAUAUUGCUUAAUUUAUAGAGCUUGUCUUUAAUAAAUAUUCAAUUAAGGAUUAUUUAAGGGAUAUUUUAGAGGAGCAUUAUUAAAUGCUUUCUAAUUUUUAACAGUUUGGGCUCAUCCAUUAGUAUAUAGUAGAGGCAAUGGAUAUGCUUCUCAUUAUCUAUACUCUUCAUUAUUUGAAUUGAUUACUUAUCCAAUUGAUACAAUAAAGACCAUUAUAUAUUCUGAUGUUCAGGGAAGAUAUAAGGGUGCAUUUGAUGUAAUUGAAUAAGUAAUCAAUCAUUUAAAUUAUAGAUUUAUGCAAGAAAUGGAUUCAGUCAUUUUUAUAGAGGAAUAGUCUUCAAAUUGGCAUUUAAUGGAACAUUAAUCUAUCAUCUCAGAAAUGUCUAUGAAUAAGAUUACAUUUAAUAAGUAAUACUGCUUGAUAGUAUUCUUAGUUAAUAUCAACCCCAUUAUUGGCUAUUGGUUAUGGAUUCCUUACUAUCAAGACAAGAUUGCAAUUAGCAAGCACUGAUUUGAGUUUCUAAUAAACAAAUCAAAAGGGAAGAAUAGCUGCAAAUCUUUUCGCUUAAAAGACACCAUUUAGUAUCUAUAGAGGUGUUAUUCCAUUCCUAUUAUUAACUGAUUUCUUCCACUACAAAUUAUAUGCACUCUAUUCAUCAACUGCACAAUCAAGAACAUUGGAUGAAUUCCUCGUUCAAUAUAAACAUCAUAUAGGAAGUCCAAAGCAUGAAAAUUUAUGGCAAUGAUU